GGGUCCAGCACCCACCGCCACCGCGGCUGGGGGCGCCGGGGUCCCCCUUUCCCGAGGGCGGGGGCGGGGGGCGCUGCUGGCCCAGCCCCACUGCCCCGGGGCGGGGGCGGAGACUGUCACCGAGCUCGUCCUAGUCUCAAUCAUCAACUCGACACGUCUGACCAGGCGGCCUCUGCUCCUGCGCCGCGGUCACUGGGCAGUUACCGAACCGUGUAGCCGCAGGGGGGUGAGGACAGCUCCGAAGUGCCUGUGUCACGGAUCAGGGUCAGGCUUGGGCGACUUGACUCGCGUGGGUGUUCUUGAAAACUUUACCCAGACUCAUUUUAGGUUUGGUAGCGGCAGAGACAUCUUAAUUUAAAACAAGAACCAAACCCAAACAGACAAGAAUGAGACACCGUAGCGCAGUGUUAACUAUUCAUCUGUGUACCUGAUGCUGAAAUUUGUUGCUCUUUAAAUUGAGGAGACCAUUGUUAUGAUUCUCCGUGACUAAGUACCAUUCCCCCCAUCGUUGUGUUACGUUAUAUGCCAAGCUGAUGCAAUGAUGAAUUCUCAAAGUUUCUCAUUACCAACAAUGGUGCCCAGUAGCUCUGUUAUUAAUAGCUCUGUGACUAGUAACUUGUCAACGAACAAUCCACCCAGCAAAGCCGUUCUCAUUAGCAAACCCUUUAAAUGCUCUGAAUGUGGCAGGUCUUUUGCCCAGCUGACGGAGCUAGAACUUCAUGAGAUGUCUCACGCUGCGGAGCGACCGUAUCGCUGCGAGCUCUGUGGAAAGACCUUUGCCCAGACAUCAGCUCUGGUGAAGCACCAGCGUGUUCACACAGGAGAGAAGCCUUACAAGUGUCCCAUGUGUGGGAAGACCUUUGCCCUGUCCUCUGGCCUGGUACUGCACAAACGCAUUCACACUGGCGAGCGGCCCCACACCUGCCCACUCUGCGGCAAGAAAUUCAUCUCCUCCUCCCACCUGGCCCUGCAUCUGCGCUCACACACGGGUGAGAGGAAGUACAAGUGCAGUGUGUGUGGGAAGCUCUUCCUACAGUCCUCGCACCUUGUGAGGCACAAAGCAAUCCACACAGGGGAAAAACCCUUUAAAUGUGAGGACUGUGGGAAGAACUUUGGGCGUGCCUCACACCUGAAGACUCACAGACGUGUUCACACAGGGGAGAGGCCUUUCAAAUGCACCCAGUGCGAGAAGGCCUUCACACAGAAGGCAGGACUGAUCCUGCACAUCCGCCUUCACACUGGUGAGAGGCCCUACAAAUGUGACAAGUGUGGGAAAAACUUCCGUUCCUCCGCUCACCUCAUGUCGCAUCAGCUCCUUGAGUCUGGGGAGAGGAAUUUCAAAUGUACCACAUGCAGUAAGGCCUUUAAGCAGGCCUCAUCUCUCAAACAGCACUUAAAAACACAUGAAGCCCGUGAACCUCACCGCUGUUCUGUUUGUAGUCGAACUUUUUCUAGGUCCUCUUAUCUCCAGCUUCAUAUGAGAACGCACAGUGGGGAGAGGCCCUAUCACUGCAUGGUUUGCAACCGGACUUAUGCCAAAAUGUCUACAUUUGAGAAACAUUGUAAAAAGCAUCAGCAGGACGAAGAGAGGUGUGACAUCAGGCCCAGAGCAAUGACUACAAGGGCAAAAGCACUGGCUGAAAAGAAAAGGCAGGAGCAGAAACAGCAGCACCAAGAUGGCUGCCCAGAACAACAACAUCAGCCUGACAGAGAGCAGCAACAAGACGGAGAGCAUUUCCUGCACUGUCAGCUGUCUUCUCCCAGUGAUCGGAAGCCCAGGAUGCAGGAUCGACCCAGAAAUUGUAAAUUAAAAACAAGUUCCAGGAGUAUUUCAGAGUGGAAAAAUGAAAAUGUGCUCUAUUAUGCCCUGAAUGUUACACUAAUUGCAGAGCUACAGACACCAGCAGCGACUCCAGCCCCUUCCUGUGUCCUCAGUACCGGCUCGGGCUGCAACACGCGCCAUGCUCCGAGCAGCCCCACGGGCUCUGCAGACAGAGAGGGGGAGGAAGUGACUGCACAAGCCCCAGCGCUGCUGCUCUUUCUCCCCAGAGCACUUGCAGGAGCUGAUCCAGCUAAGGGAAAGAGCCUGUUCCAAGCGUCCCAGCCAGCGAGCCUUAAAGAGGCGGAGGAAGGAGCAAUACAAGCUGAGCGACUCCCCCGCCGCGCCCCACGUGGCCGCCUCCCGGCGCUGCUGCUGCGGCCACACGCGGGCUGCGCCCCUCCGCGGCAGGAACCCGGCGAGAGGGGCAGGAUCGGAGCCGGGGGGAAGCGGACACUCACCCCGGCCACAGGACAUGGCUGCAGCGGAGCGGGCCGAGCACUGUGUCUAAUUACCGAUGUGAUCUCUCAGAUGGAACUAGAGGAAGAGCCAUUGGUCCUGGAAAGGGAGAACCUAAGACGCACCUGUACAGCAGGUCAUGGGAUGGUGCGUGAGAAUGAGGAGAGUCCUCAGCAGGGAGGUCCUGAGCAAGUGGAACUUCAUGUGACGUUACUGGGAAGAUCCAAAGCGCAGGGAAAUUUCUGCCCUCUUGAGCAGGGAAAAGCUUCUGAGAGUCCAGGCAGGUCCAAAAGAGAGCAAAGAAACCCUCCAGCGAAAAGACUGGGGAAAUCCAUCCAUCUUGGGGGAGGUGAUCUCAGUGACCUCCCAAUCCCGCGGAGACGCCACACGGGAGAGGGAAAGAACACAUGCCCCGACUGUGGGAAAAGCUUCCGUGGGAGCUUAGGUCUUACUAGACAUCAGAGAAUCCACUCGGGCGAGAAGCCCUACAGGUGUCUUUUGUGCGGGAAAGGCUUCACCGUCAGCUCCACCCUGGCUAAGCACCGGCGCAUCCACACUGGGGAGAAACCCUACCAGUGCCCCAGUUGUGGGAAGAGCUUCAUCCAGAGCUCGCAGCUCAUCACCCACCAGAGAACCCACACGGGCGAGAAGCCCUACCAAUGCCCCGAAUGCGGGAAGGGCUUCAGUCGGAGCUCCCACCUCAUCAUCCACCAGAGGUUCCACACUGGAGAGAAGCCCUACGAAUGCCCCCACUGCGGGAAGGGCUUCAGCCAGAGCUCCAACCUGGCCACGCACCAGCGAGUGCACACGGGGGAGCGGCCCUACCAGUGCGCCCAGUGCGGGAAGGGCUUCACGCAGAGCUCGGACUUCACCGCCCACCAGCGGCUGCACAUGGGCGAAAGGCCCUACUGCUGUGCCGAGUGUGGGAAGAGCUACACCAACAGCUCCGCCCUCAUCAAACACCAGAGGAACCACACGGGGGAGCGGCCCUACAAAUGCCCCGAGUGCAGGAAGGGCUUCAGCCAGAGCUCCGCUCUGCUUGCCCACCAGCGGAUCCACACGGGAGAGAGGCCCUACAAGUGUCCUGACUGUGGAAAGGGAUUUUAUGCGCGGUCCCCCCUUAUUGCACACCGGAGAACCCACACCGGCGAGACGCCCUACAUGUGUCCGGAGUGCGGGAAGGGCUUCCGCAAGAAAACCAGCCUGAACGUGCAUCAGAGAGACCACCCGGCAGAGGAACAAUGCCCUGACCAGGGCUGUCCCCAGUGAACGGCAUCCAUGGCCGUUUCCACAACACACGGGGGUAUUCGGCUUCUCAGCACCAUCCGUCUGCACAUCUGUUGGGUCAGCUGACUGCAGGAGCCACCCCUAAGCUGACUGGUGGUGAUCCUCUAGCAAGUCCUAGGCAGAGAAGAAGCCCACAUCAUCUCCUAUUUAACUGGUGCAUCCCAAGCUGUAAAGCUGCCAGGCCCUCGGUGUCUUGUCAACAUGGGAAGAGAGAGGGAAACCCCUCCAGGAGCCCCUUUUUCCUCACGUGGGCAGUGGCUGGGAGAAAGCUACGUGGCUCAGGCCCUAAACUAACUCAAGAGACCAAUCGCCACCACCCCCCAGACCACGGCUGGGCUCUCAAACUGAUCCAGAACUGUAGUUUGAUUUUGCUCAGACAACCUUAAUUCUGGCCCCUUGUGCAAAUACGUGAUGGUACAAUUUUAAUUUACAUUGUCACAUACCGUUUUUUCCCACAGGGCUCCUACCUCAUUCAUCACCCAGAAUGGAUGCGUCGGGCAGCCUGAACUAUAGGGGUCUCUAUGCAUGCUGCCUAUAAUAGAAUGCUCCCCUCCAUUCUCUCCAUGCCCCUUGCCUUCUCUCUCCCAUUUGGGUGCCCGGGGUCAUCUGGGGCCACUUACAUUACUGUCUUGAAAGUGCCUUGAAUUGCCAGUGGAGCCAACCCCCAUUUUCUGCCUACCUAAAUUACUCAUUUCUCCCUGGCAAGCUCCUGGAAAUCCUGUCCUGAAUGGUCAGUGCGUCCCACACCAUUCGUGAUGAAAUACUCGCCGAGCUCCUAUUAGAGCCCUGCAGAAGGCAAUAGGGUGUUAGGGUUCAGGAAAUGGAGACCUAGGUCUCAUCCUAAUGCUGUCUGAGCUGAGUCUGCAGUAGGGUCAUUCCAUUUUCAAUUGUCACAACCUCAUUCCAGUGCCAGGGAGGAACAAGUCCUCAGUCUCAGGCAGAAGAAUAAAACAAAAGGAGAAAAAAUUCUGCCAACAAAACGGAUUGUUUGGGAGCAGUAACAUUGAUUGGGAGCAGUUUUAAGCUUAAUCAAAAUAAGCCAUUCUUAAAUUGAAAUAAGCGUGUCUACACAGGGAUGUGCAGUGUUUUAACUAAACGAGCUUAAAUUCCCACCUUAUGUUAAAGUGGUACAAGCCCUCAGUGCAGCCUUGCCAACCCCAAGCAUGUAAAAAUCAUGAGUCCAGCCCCCAGAACAUGAGAUUUGGCUUAAAAGUCCGGAGGGGUUUUAAAAAUAAUACAUUGUAAGUUUUUGUUUCUUCUGGUUUCUGAGCCUUUAAGUGUGCACGUGCGUCACAUUUUCAGUCUUUUCCCUGCAGCCGUGAGGGCUAGAACCUCCCUUAAAAAAAGGAAAGAAAAGAAAGUUGAGCUUCUUAUUCAGUCUCUUGAUUCUAGCAGCUGGGGCUGGAAAACACCAAAUAUAAUGAGCUGCAUUACAUUUUCAAGAGUUGGUAACACAAUAUCAUCAUCUGCUUCUUCACAUAGGUGUGUGUGCACCCAGCGCACUGGAGCCUGAGAAAUGUGCCUAGUGGUACCUGUAGAGGGUGUCACUUGCACCUCAUGGCCGUAGCCUUUCCCCUGGCUACAUGAAGUGGUGCCACCCCAACCCUUCCUCCGUUUUUAUUUCUUGGUCAACUGUAACAUCCCAUGUUUAAUUCAUUCUUUUAAACACUGUCAACACUGUCACCUAACCAGCUUUAUUUGACUUUCUGUAAUUUCUUAGUUGCUUUUGAAAUUCUAUUUUGGCUAAUGAAUGGCUACAUUUACCCUGCUUCCCCAGUCUGUCUUUUAGCUGAGGAACAGGUAUAAAAAGGGCUUGUGUGCUGCUGAAGUGCUUCAGUGCAGAUGCUGCCUAUUCCAACGGGAGGGGUUCUCCUGAUGGCACAGGCACUCCACCUCCCUGAGAGGCAGUAGCUAGGUUGACAGGAGAAUUCCUGUCUACACCAGGGGUUAGGUCGGUUUAACUGCAUCGCUCGUGGGUGUGGAAUGUUCACACCCCUGCAUGAUGUAGUUAUAUUGACCUAAUUUUGUAGUAUAGUCUAGUCCUUAGAAACCUGGUAGAUAAUAGGUUCAUUAAAUUAAUGGUCCAAUAUGGUUUAGAAUGUGUAUUUCUUACAUCAUGCAUCUUAAUGAGGGAUGAAGUUCAAAGUCUAAUCGUCAAUGCUAACAUGAAGUGCAGGCAAACAUACUUGUCUUAAACCCAAAUGAGUUAUAUAUAAAAAGCAAGAUUAGUGCAAAACUAAGGCUGCUUGUUUAAGAUGAAUGCAGAGAAGGAAGCUGGUUCAGGGGGUUGGGCACUAAUCUCGCCCUUGAGAGAGACUAGUUCAAGUUCCUGCUCCAGCAUAGAUUUUCUGCAUGAACUUGGGAAAGUCCCUUAGGCCCAGUUCCACAAAGGUGUUAGGAGCCUAAAUCCCUUUGUGGAUCUGGGCUUCUGGGCCACAGCUCCCCAUCUGUACAAUGGGGAUAACAGAAAUGCAUUAAAGCUUGUGAAGCGCUUGGGUAUAGCACUGAUGGGGACUAUAUGAGCACUUACAAUAG